AUGUGUCGUCUUAAUCAGUUAACUGCUGAAAGAAGCAAAUGGACAACUGAAUUAGAUGAAACAAAAAAUGAAAGGAAUGAAAUGAAAGAGAAAUUGAAAAAUACAGAAGAAAAUCAUAAAGUUGAAUUGAUGGAAAUGGAAAAUGCAUAUCAAGAGAAGUUAAAACAAAUGAAAUUAGAUGAAAUUAAAAACUCUGAUAUUAUAACAAAAGAAUAUGAAUUAAAAAUAAAUCAUUCUAUCAAUGAACAAAUACAACAAACUACUGAAUUUGAAGAGAAAUUACAAAAAUUAAAUAAAACAAUUAAAGAAAUGGAACAAGAGAAAGAAAAUUUAAGACAUGAAAAUAUGGAACUAAUGAAAGAACACCGUGAAAGAGAAAGAUUAAUUCGUAGUGAAUAUGAAGAGAUUCUAGAAAGUAAAUCUGUUGAGAAAAGUAAGGAAAUAUCUAAAUUAAUGGAUGUUCAUUCUGUUCAAUUAAAUGAAUUGGUUGAACAAAUGCAAAAAGAAAAAAUUCAAGCUAUCAACGAGAUUAGAUCGUGUUAUACAGAAAAUAUUGAAGAAUUACAAAAUAAAUUACUGUCUAAACAAACAGAAAUUCAAACACUUAAUGAAACAUUAACUAAUACACAAAAUUUAUUACAUGAAAGUCGUAAUCAAGAAAUUUUAGAAAAAUUAAAAGUUCAAACUGUUGAAGCACAUUCAAAAGAAUUAGUUGAAUGGGAAAAAGAAAAAUUCGAAUUAUGGAAAAUUAAAAUGAAUGAAUUAAAAGAUGAAAAAGAUUCAUUUAUUGAAACAAUGAAACAAGAAUUACAAGAACAAAAAGAUCUUACAAAAUUUUAUCAAGAUAAAAUGAAAACUAUUCAAAAAGAGUCAGAUACAUAUCAAACUGAAUUAGAACGAAAAAUAAUUACAUUAGAAAAUCAAAUAGAAACAUUAAAAAUGAAACAUGAAAUUGAUAUGAGUGAGAUUCAACAAGUCUAUAAUCAAAAAUUAUCCAACAUGGAAUUACAACAUUCUCGAGAAAUUAAACAAGCUGUAGAAACUGAAAAUGUAACUGUACAAAAGCAAGUACAUGAAAAAAAUCAAGCAGAAAAAGAUAAAAUAUUAGAAGACUUAAUCUCUUCAUCAACACAGAUUGCUUCAAAAAUUGGAAAUUUAGUCAAUGAUAUCUAUCAUAUUGUUGAAUGGAAUGUACAAAAUUUAUACAGUUUUCCCGAUUUCACUUUGGAUUUAGAUGCACAAGUUAUGCCAAACAAGGAAAUUGAAAUAGCAAAUAUAACAAAGAAAUGGACUAUAAAUGAUAUUUCCAUAGAAGGUGUAAUGGAAUCACUGAUGAAACAUGUAGAUGAGUUAGCGAAUAAUUUGAGAAAGAAUUCAAUGGAUAUUUUAGCACAAUUACAGCGACGUAAAGACGUAUUGGUAACACAAAUUAGAAGUGAAUUAGAUAGUGCUCACAGUGCGGUCAAACGUAUUCAAGAACAAGCUGAAACCCAACAAGAUGAACAUAAAAUGACGUUAAAGCACUAUCGUAACCGAAUUGAAGAGUUAGAAGAUGAAGCAAUAAGGAAAAAAUUAAUUGAACAAUUGAAGCUAAAAGAUGAUGAGAUUGAAUGCUUGAAAAAUGAAAUACAACAAUUACAACAAGAAAUAAAAAAAUCAACGAUUGAAAGAAAUAAACCAGAUCAUGAAGAAGCAAAUGAUAGAAAGCAUAAAGAUCUUUCAUCUAUUCAUCAAUUAUUAUAUUCACUAAAUCAUAAUAAAAAUGGUACAAAUGAUUUGGUCAGUCAACAACCAAUCCGAAUAAUUACUGAACUAAAAGCACGGAUUCAACGAUUGAGAGAAGAAAAUAUGGCAUUACGUCGGCUACUGUUACGUCGACCACUUGUACCGGUAAAGCAAUCAGAUCAAGAAAGUGAACAACGACCAUUUUGUAAACCAUCCGAUGCACAAUUCAUGCAAAGACUGAAAAGUAAAGGAAACUCAGAAAGAUUUAUAUCGAAAUUUUAAUCAUUUACGAACAUAUUCAUGAACAUUUUGAUAUUAUUACGAUCAUAAUAUUUCUUCAAAUACUUUGGCUUGGAAAACUUAACCAAGAUUAUUAACAUCGGUUUUUUUUCUUAUGGCCGGUGAAAGAUUCUUGUUUGAUAGAAUUUUGUUUAAACUUUAAGUAAACUGUUAACUUAUUCACACUUAUUUCUAGAGUGGAUUUAAACGAAAUAAAAAUAAAUCAUCCUUUUGUUUACGAUGAAGUUGU